GGUUCGGACGUUUGUAGAUUAAGAUGAGGAUGGAGGGAGACAGCCCGAACGAAUUCUACAAGGAUUGUAUGAAAAACCAUGCUGCCAGCCUGGGCAGCUACGCUACCGAUGGUUGUGGCGAAUUUACACCAGACGGUGACAGUCCCGGUGGCCUACAAUGCGAGGCCUGCGGCUGUCACCGCAACUUCCACCGCAAAGUCAGGGUCUUAGCCGGCACCGGCAGAGCAGGUAACAGUAGUAACCGUGGAGGUGACGACCCAGAAGUGGUGGAGCUGAUAGAGUAUGGCGGUAUUGGGGACCAUACGGAGGUGGUGACUCCGGUGGAGUUGCAGGAACUGGAAAGAAGCGCAAAGAAGCGUGCUCGGACGAAGUUUACGGCCGAGCAGAAGGAGAAGAUGCUUGCUUUUGCAGAGAAGCUUGCGUGGAGGAUACAGAGAGACCAAGAUGCUGAGAUCGAUCACUUCUGCAAAGUGACAGCUGUGAGUCGACAGGUCUUCAAGGUUUGGAUGCAUAACCACAAGAACUCUUCAUCGUCGUCGUCAGCUUCCACGGCCACCAACGGCAAUACGUCAUCUUCUCUUACUCAAUAGGAAGAGAGACUUUAGAGAAUGAGAUUUCUCAAUUGUU